UGACGUGGCGCCUGCCGGCCGGUCGGUGCUGAGCUGUACUUCCUGUCAGUUACGUCAGCCGGUGACGCGUGUGCCGGAGGCGGUGAGGAGCGGUAGCGCCGGUGUUGGGCAGCGUCCGAAGUCUCCAGUGAUCAUGGCAUCCUAUCUAGAAUUUAUUCAACAAAAUGAAGAACGAGAUGGCAUUCGGUUCAGCUGGAAUGUGUGGCCAUCCAGUCGACUAGAGGCUACGCGCAUGGUGGUUCCUUUAGCUUGUCUCUUCACUCCUUUAAAAGAGCGGCCAGAUUUACCACCUAUACAGUAUGAACCUGUCCUGUGCAGCAGGGCCACCUGCAGGGCCGUCCUUAAUCCACUGUGUCAAGUGGACUAUCGAGCAAAACUCUGGGCGUGCAAUUUCUGUUUCCAGAGGAACCAGUUUUCACCUUCUUACUCGGGCAUUUCUGAAGUGAAUCAGCCAGCUGAAUUACUGCCACAGUUUUCAACUAUUGAAUAUGUUGUUCAGCGAGGUUCACCUGCCCCUCUCAUCUUCUUGUAUGUGGUGGACACUUGCUUGGAGGAAGAUGAUCUUCAGGCCCUCAAAGAAUCCCUGCAGAUGUCACUGAGUCUGCUCCCUCCAAAUGCACUAGUGGGUCUAAUUACAUUUGGUCGAAUGGUGCAGGUCCAUGAACUGAACUGUGAGGGGAUUUCGAAAAGCUAUGUCUUCAGAGGCACAAAGGACCUGACUGCAAAGCAAAUCCAGGAUAUGCUGGGACUUGCAAAGCCACCAGCAGGAGUUCAAGGAAGGACCCCUCAACCACAUGAGCACCCUGGUUUAUCGAGCAGGUUCUUGCAGCCUGUUCAUAAAAUUGAUAUGAAUUUGACUGAUCUACUCGGAGAACUUCAGAGGGAUCCCUGGCCGGUACCUCAGGGGAAAAGACCUUUGCGUUCGACUGGUGUGGCUCUUUCCAUAGCUGUUGGUUUGCUUGAGGGUAGUUUUCCGAAUACUGGAGCUAGAAUAAUGUUGUUCACUGGAGGACCGCCAACCCAGGGACCAGGCAUGGUGGUGGGCGAUGAACUAAAAACACCCAUUCGUUCCUGGCAUGAUAUAGAAAAGGACAAUGCACGGUUCCUGAAGAAAGCAACCAAGCACUAUGAGGCUCUAGCAAACCGUGCAGCAGUAAAUGGACAUUGCAUUGACAUCUACGCUUGCUCUUUGGAUCAGACUGGACUUUUGGAGUUGAAGUGCUGCUGCAACCUGACUGGAGGUUACAUUGUGAUGGCAGACUCUUUCAACACUUCCCUCUUCAAGCAAACGUUCCAAAGGGUUUUCAGUAAAGGUCUGCAGGGAGAUUUCAGAAUGGCAUUUGGUGCCAGUUUAGAGGUUAAGACAACCAGAGAACUGAAAAUUGCUGGAGCAAUAGGGACCUGUGUGUCACUGAACUCCAAAGGCCCUUCUGUGUCUGAGAAUGAGUUGGGUCUAGGUGGUACAUGCCAGUGGAAAAUUUGUGGCUUGGACCCCAGCACCACCUUGGGUAUCUACUUUGAAGUGGUUAAUCAGCAUAAUGCACCAAUCCCUCAGGGUGGACGAGGUGCAAUUCAGUUUGUCACCCAUUACCAGCAUUCCAGCAGUCAGAGACGCAUCCGAGUUACUACAGUAGCCAGAAACUGGGCAGAUGCACAGAGUCAACUCCAGCACAUUGAAGCAGCAUUUGAUCAGGAAGCAUCAGCUGUGCUGAUGGCAAGGCUGGGAGUUUUCAGGGCUGAGUCUGAGGAAGGACCUGAUGUACUUCGAUGGUUGGACAGACAAUUGAUCCGACUGUGUCAGAAGUUUGGCCAGUUCCACAAAGAUGAUCCUAACUCUUUCAGGCUUUCUGAAACAUUUUCCCUCUAUCCACAGUUUAUGUUCCAUCUGAGAAGAUCCCCAUUCCUUCAAGUUUUCAAUAAUAGUCCUGAUGAAUCAUCGUACUACCGCCAUCAUUUCAUGAGACAAGACCUGACUCAGUCACUGAUCAUGAUUCAGCCUGUUCUCUACUCUUAUUCUUUCUAUGGACCUCCUGAGCCAGUGCUUUUAGAUAGCGGCAGCAUCUUACCAGAUCGAAUACUCCUCAUGGACACUUUCUUCCAGAUUGUUAUCUACCAUGGAGAGACUAUAUCGCAGUGGCGGAAGGCUGGUUACCAGGACAUGCAAGAGUAUGAAAACUUUAAACAACUCCUGCAAGCUCCACUGGAUGAUGCACAAGAAAUCCUACAGACUCGGUUCCCAAUGCCACGUUACAUUGACACAGAACAUGGAGGGAGUCAGGCUCGAUUCCUUCUAUCAAAAGUGAACCCAUCACAGACUCAUAAUAACUUGUAUGCUUGGGGGCAGGAAUCUGGUGCACCAAUCCUCACUGAUGAUGUUAGUCUUCAAGUCUUUAUGGACCAUCUAAAAAAGCUAGCAGUAUCCAGUGCAUCAUAAAUCAAUCUGGUGCAGAAGAGCACAAGAGAAAUACUGGAAAAUAGUGAAUUCACAUAGAUUCUUUAUUUUGAAUUAUAACUGUCUUGCUUUAUGUUGCACCUUGCUUGUGUAGAUGUCCUGAUUUGAUUUUUGUUUAAUUUUUAGGUGUCACUCAUUUGCAAAACUACUUCAUUCCUAUUAGAGAAAAUUUGUUUCCUGCUAACAUCUUUAAUUUAUCAUUCAAUCAAUGUCUUUUAUAUACAAGUUUAAUGGCUAAUAAUAAAUUUAAAUACAUUGACUGCUUAUGUGUAUAACUUCAAAAAUUAUUUCCAUAUUUUUUUCUUUAGCUUGCUUUGAAAUUGUAACGUACUUUUAGUUUGCCUAUUUAUUAAAAAAUAACCUUAAAUUUUCUGGUAAAAGAAUAGAAGACUUCUUAUUGCAAAAAUAUGCAAGAUGAAGUCUCUGAUAUUUGUGGGUAACUUGUCUUUUAUAGUUUUGUUUGUUUAAACAGAUUAUCUCCACAGAGGUGAGAAUUUCUUUCGCUGCAGUUUACUACCAGUUAGAUGUAAAACUCUGCUAAAAUUUGUGGAAAUUCGGUUUUUAAAUAUGACCCUUCAUUCUGAUACGCAGUCCCCAGGUUACAACAGUGUUGGAUUCCCGAGAACUGUUCAUAAACUGAAAUGUCUGUAAGUCAGAAAUGAACAAAAACAGUGUAUGGGAGAGGAUUACAGAAACAGCUGUGACGGUAUAGCAGAAAGAAUGGCUGCCAGCUGGCCUCAUUGACUCAGUGAAUGAGUGAGAGAGUCUGAUCAGCAGUCCUAACUCUGCUCAGCUGGACCCAGUUCCUGAUUGUUGCAGCUCAGAACAGAGAAGGCACAUGGAAAUAUCCCAUUUCCACAAUGCAGAAGAUGCCCACAGCAGCCUGUAAAUCCACCCGCAUCCAUCCCAUCCCACCAAUCUUCUAAACGUUCUUUCAUAUGUAUGGGCUGUUGAUAAAUCAGAUGUUCACAACCUGGGGAGGACAUGUAAUGGGUUUGAUUCCUAAUUUCUUGAACUCUCAUGGUAAAACUAAGUACUUUCAUUUGGCUCAAUUCUGACUGCAAGAAAUAUGUUGUGGAGAAUAUGGUGUGCAUUUCUAGUAUUUGUACCAUUAUUUAUAGAAUAAUAAAACAAUUCCUAAAA